CUUGUUGCUAUUCAGUGCUCAUUUCUCUACUGUACAAACAGGUAUAAAUACUAUCGGAGAUCUGUACACAUUACUAUUCAGUAGAGGCUUUAAUAUGAGUGACUAAUUAAUAAAGAUUUCUAUAAAAUUUUCAGACACUUGUUUGUAUUAGAGGAAUGUACAGCUGAUGGUGUGCUAUUGUAUUCUACAGGUUGGAAGAAUAUUAAAAGUAAUAUUCUACGGAUUUUGAGCAAAAUUAUCAUGGAGAGAACGUUCUUCUGAGAGUUUCUACUUAGAAGAAAAAGCCAAUUAAACAAGUACGAUGGUUGCACAAAAUCUCUGAUGAGAAUAAUAUAUAAGUGAACUAUUAAAGAGGAAAACAGUUAUAUUGAAUUCUAUGCGACGAUCUCUUCACUCAAAAUACUGUGACAAUUAAGUCGUAUAUACACUACAAUGCAUUACGAGGAUUUAGUUGUACUGCAAAACAGCAGUCAUAGUUCAGAUUUAUACAGCAGUGUAAGUGAUACCAACCUCACAUGUGAAUAUGGGUAUUUUUCCCGUGACGUCAGCAUACUUUGGGAAGUUGUUCUAAGUCCGAUUGUCACAUUGAUGACAGUUUGUACCAAUCUAUUUGUGAUAUGUAUAUUUACCAGUAAAGUCCUACGGUCGCCAACAACAAUCAUUUUGAUUGGUUUAGCUGUAUCGGACUCGAUGUCGUCACUAUUUGCUAACGUUUUACAUCCGUAUUUUUACUUUACAAGUGAUAAUGUCAAUAAAGUACUUCCAUAUCCUUUAUGCUCGGUAUAUAUGCUGCUUCAGAACCUGGGAGUUUCCUUUCAUACAGUGUCCGUAUAUCUGACCGCAUUUCUAGGCAUACAAAAGUUUAGCAUUGUGGCUUUUCCUUUCCGGUCUAGGAGAAUUUUUACAAAAACAAUGUCGUACUGGGCUACAGUUAUUAUAUACAUAGUUGGAUUUGCAAUAUUCUCUCCGAAUUAUGUAGUCUUCGAGUUUUCCCGCGCCGCAGAUGUCGAUUCAUCGAGCUGUAAAGACUAUACAAAAGACCCAGACUACUGCUUGUUUCGCCAUGCCUCUUGGUUGAGCGGUGGAACAUUGAAACAUUAUCAUAUGUACUAUUAUAUGACAAGAUGUAUUGUUAUCCAGAUUAUACCAUGUUUUGUUAUAACAUUUUCUACUAUAUAUUUAGUUCGAAGUUUAGUAAGUAAUAAAGUGUCUAUGGCAACAGCAGAACAACAUCGGCGGAAGCGUCGGUUGACAAUAAUGAUAACAUUAAUUGUUGGAAUAUUCCUAAUUGUCGAGUUACCUGGGGCCAUAUUUUUCGCCUUCGACUUUCACAGAUUUCUGACCGACCAGAUUGUUAUUCCGGAGGAUAUUGAUCAUUUAUCCGUCCGUAUUCACAACUUCCUGUUGUGUCUUGGUUAUGCCUGUAAUUUUUGGAUAUAUUUUGCCUUAAGUGAUCAGUUCAGGACACAGAUAAGGAAAAGUCUACGACGUUUACAUAUAACAAAGACAACAAAUACGACAAGAGUUAUAGUAACAAGAUCGUAUUAAAUUUAUGACACUGGAAGCAAACAUAGUUACGUGUAUGCCACUAAUGAAAAGCCAUGCUUUAUCGUCAAACCUUAAACUACAUUUGAAAUGGAAAAUUUACUUUAUGUUGUCAAACAAUAAGGGUUGUAAGGACGUCAAUAAAGGCCAACUUUAAGAAAAUAAAACAUCUUCACUAUCUGAGCUUUAGCUUAUAAUAACGAACAGCAUUUACUUUUGUAGAUACAGACAUAACUUUUACUUAGAUUAAACUACGUCAUUUAGACUUUGUUGGCUUAGGGUCCUAUCAUGCAAUAUGGGAUACGUGGUUGCAUGGGUGUUUCAUAA